CCCACUGUAGUUGCAAAAACUCAAUUCUGUCAAGAUCUAAAUAACAUAUCGGCACUUUCACAGUUAUUAUAUAAAAUGGAGUGAAAUUGUGAUCUCAUCAAGUAUCAGUGACGUCAUGCGAGGUUAUUUGGACAAGCUGAGCCGGUAUUGUUUUCAAUCCUUGGCGCAGUAUGAGACCUUGAACUUCGAGCCUCUCUUUUGUGACGUCAUUUUGCGCAUGAGUUCUUCUCCUUCCCUGGCUUUGGUAUACGGAUCGGGUGGAUGCCAGUUGAGGUGGUGAUUUUACGCUUCAUCCGCUCUAUAAGGAUUUUUAUGUGCCCUCAACAGGCCUUUAUUAUGUAUCCGUUCACAUAAAAUACCAGUUUGGGAUCUAUUCAACGCUAAUCUGUUCUACCGUAGAAUAGACACCAGUCGGGAACUCCUCCUUAUUGGAAAAUUUAAAGGUUUCGGUGAGAUUAAUUAGGCACUAGGAUUGAAAUAGCCUAGAUUUACUAGCGUCAUGAAUAUCAUAGAUGAAAAUAACACGUAAACCAAGUUGACGAGAUAAUAGAGACGCCACUUCGGAGGAUGGACAUUUCAUUUUGAUGCUGCUGCAAUGUUUACCAAGUUUGCGCGAUGACGCAACGUUGCUGGAUAAGGUUUAUGGCUCGAUUAUAGAUUAUUUAUUAAAAUAAAAUUAGUUAUCCACAUGGAGAUGCAUUCCUGACGUGGUUCAAGAACUUCAACUCUUUUGUGUUGUAUCUUCGACCGAUGUCUCAUUUUAGAUUAAGCGUGUUUGAAACUUAUUGCUAGGCUUGCAGAUAGCUCUGGUUUACGUGUAUUUAAUUGGACUAAUGUUGUAAAGCAUCGAAAAGCGAGAUCGAAAGUGAUUAUCUAUUCCGGAGGACAGUGAUCACAUAAUAUUGGCCCGGCCUUCUUCUUUUCGUCAACAUAUCGAAUUCACUUAAAACGGUCGGGAGAGGUCCUUUCGGGGCUCCGGCUCACUGCUUCCGAUUCCGUCAUCCGUUGAAAACGGGACCAGGUCCAGAUGAGUUACGUAAUUUGUCUUUUCUCUUUGGUCAUCGGCCUGCUAUGCUGCAAUGCACAAGCAACGUCUCACCUCCGUCUUGUUGGUGGAGCAUUUCCCAGCGAUGGCCGCGUCGAGGUCAAUCUUGGUGAUGGCAGAGGUUGGGGCACGAUCUGCGAUAAUGGCUGGGACUAUCAUGACGCUGCGGUCGUAUGCAAACAAAUCGGUUAUCCGGCAGCAACUUUCUCUACCCUUGGUGACCGGUUCGGUGGUAAUCCGGCUCUGCCAGUUCUACUCGAAAAUGUUGCGUGCACUUCGUCCCAUUCCACGAUCGACGAAUGCCCGUCAGCUGCUCCUUCUCUUUCGUGUGAUCAUGCAAAUGAUGCAGGAGUGAAGUGCAUGUUUCCCAGUUUCCUCGGUUGCUUCUCCAUACUCACCAUCGGAUCACGAGCCUGGACUAUCCUUGAUAACUCGAACGAUGCCUGCAUAGCCCACUGCAAGGCCUUAGACUACCGCUAUGCUGGAAUGUCGGGAUCAUCAUGCAGAUGCGGAAACACCGAACGGUUUUAUUUCUUCACCCAGUUUCCGGACUUCUACUGUAAUACAAACUGCAAAGGCGAUGCAACGCAGCUCUGCGGAAAUCCUACGAAUUCGCGCUUUUCCGUGUUUGACACCACCCUUGGUGUAUGUGAAGAUCCAGGUGUUCCUCAAAACGGCAACCGAACAGGAGACGACUUCGAGUUUGGAACAACGGUGGAAUUCUCGUGCCAUGAAGAUCACGUGCUCAUGGGCCAUCCCAUCUUGCAAUGCGUGCUAGGGAAUUCCCCUCAUGACGUCAAAUGGAAUGGAACCGUACCAGAAUGUGUCAUAUCAGCUGUGACAUUACCCGGUUUCGAUAAAAUGGAUACGACUACUACCAUACCUGACGUCACAAUCGCUCCGAUGACGUCACCUCAGGUUCCAACAGCUCGUCAAAAUGGCCAGCCGUUGUCAUCUGGAGCAAUAGCAGGAAUCGCGGUUGUUCUUAUUAUGAGUAUGGUCGCGUUUGUCAUCUUAGCUGUGUUGUAUUGCUUGAAAAAGAAACGAAAGGCAAAAGAAAGGGCUUCGGAAUUCCAUCCAGAAUCGUUAAACCAAAAAUCGGACUCGGCUGAAAAUGUCUAUGAGAUCGAACAAUCAAACGUGAUAGAAGAUGAAACUGAGCUGGCGCCCUCUACGACAAACGGUCAUGCAGUUGUCCCAGGGAACGUUCAAAGAAACAUUGACAACAGAUUACCUCCAAGCAUGCCAAGAGCGCUACCAAGUAUACACCUGUAUGCAGACGUUACACUUCCUCGCGAGGAUGUCAUCAGUCCAACAUCGGAUUAUGACACGAUGAAUGACGUUGUCGACGACAACGGAGUGUCCCCACCACUGGUUCGAGGUGAAAACCUUGAUGAAACUGGACAGCAUAACGGGGACAAAAGUUUUUAUUUUGUUCUUGAAAACGCUGUCCCGAAUGAUCUUACUGAUAAGCGCGAAUGUCCGACGCAAAAACCUGAAGCCAAGCCUCGAGCUCCAGCGGGACGAUUUGCUAAGAAACCUCCCCGCGCUGCUCCGAGAAAUGUGAAAAACAAGGCGAACCAUGUUGCUUCGGCAACGAAUGUUCUCAAAGAAACCAAAUUCGGACGUGUUGAAGACCAAUCUGUUGGUGGCACCAGCUCUGCACGCGUUGAGGGUCGAGAAGGUGAGAUCGCUGCACAAGACCUGCAUAGGGCAACCUCUCAGAAUGAGCCACAGUGUCCAGAGACUCCUAAAUAUGCCAACAGUGAGUUUCAGGAAAUUCGAAAGAACCUCAUCGAAAAUACCCUGUACAAGCCAUUAGAGGAAGAAUUGACCGACUCAACUGGGAUCAAACAAAAGCUGACCGUGCCAAAUCUAAAGACACGGCUCAGGAAUAACUCGGAGUCUGAAGCGACACAAAAGUCUCCCGUGUAUGCGAACUAUGAACCAAAAAGACGGAGGUCGACGGGUGAGCCAAACGGACGAUCACCGAGCUUCGAACACGACGACGGAUCGUUAUCAGUUCAAAGCUCUUUUUACAUUAAUGCUGAAUUUCAUUCAGCAUGUGAAGUGCCAGAAAAUAUGAUAGAAAAUCCGCUUUACAAGCCAUGCACACCUGGUCUUGUAGACAGUUUGGUUAAAGACAAUUCUUAAGAUCCAAUACUCGAAAAGGGGCGAGGUAAAAAGCCCUGGAAUGGCCGUUUCCUAAAUGGCAGAACAAUGUUUCUUUGUGUAUUUUAGCCACUUGAAGGUCCAUCAUUUAUUUCUGCUCGAACGCUGUACGUUUUGGAAAGUUAUUUAGAGAGAUUUAAGUCUGGAUUAAUGGUCUUGCUUAAAGGGAAAUUUUCAGCCUAACAAAGAGUUGGUUGUAACAUAAAAAUGAAACUAUUUAUGCUUCACCCUCUCCUCAAAUCUGAAUUUCAAUUAGAACCGCUUUCAAAUAAAAGUGAAUAACAGAUGAUUCAUAUUGCUAUUCUCUCUUAAACUCGAUUACACGUCCAACCUUGCAGCCCUUGCCAUCUUCGGAGCUAUCCAGCUCCUGGGGGAGUAAAAUCUACAGGGCUUCGAAGGUUGAUAAUUACUGAUAAUUGUAGAUGAUGAUAACAACGAUAAUAAUAACAGUAACAACAACAAUAAUUUGAUGUCUAAGAAUAUGUAAUUGGUAGCCAUCAAUUCGAUUUACAAUGUUACCGGAAAUGUCACAUUUUCUUUCACAUGCCUUUUUGCUGUUUUGGAGAGGGAUGCAAAAGUUGACUCGGCCAAGUAUUUAAAAAUAGCGCAAUGGUAUGAAUACAAGUACACAAAAAUACUCUGUUUUCAGUGCAAUAACAAGAAGCCGUGAGUAAUAACACGACACAACUUAUGACAAUUCGGAUGUAUUUCUAAUGAGUAUGCAAUGCACCUUUUGACAAGCCAGACAGGUCAGUCUAAUUGUUGUUAUAGGAUAUCGAGUGAAACUCGAGUCAGACAUGAUUUAAUUUCGGCGGUAAUUUUAGGGGCGAGUCUGUGGGUUUACCUGGGGUUGAAUCAUUUUGUGUACAAUACUGAUUAUAGCGUAAUGAUAAAACGGAGAGCAGGUGAAUACUAAUAAAACAUUUCAUGGUUAUUUGCAUCGUAUUGGUGUGCCAAAAAUAAGGAAAAAAAAUGAAAAAUUGGGAAGGAAAAAAAAAGGAAUAUAGGAAUUUACGGGAGAGGAAGAACAAGACCGAAGCAGCAGGAGUUAAAAUGUGUUUGUUUGUGUGCUACAUGGUGUGUGAAGGGUGUGGGUGUGUACGUGUGAGAGAGAGAGAAUAGUUAGGAGAAGCUACAGGGAGAACAAAGGGACGAGGGGUAGGGGUAAAAAAGGAGCCACUUUGAUUGGCCAGACAUAAUAUGGCACAUUUGGCCAAAUUUUCAAAAACGAGCAAAUUUCGUAAUAGAUUUUGACUAAUUAAAAAAAAUAAUAUCUUUCUUUUGAUUUUUUCUUAGUUUUAAACACUUUUGGAGGUCAAUGGCCCAAGGCCGCCCCUAUUUGUACGUCACUUGGGUAAGGGAUUGAUCCAUGUUGAAGAAGUGACGAUUGAUUUCAGUAAAGUUAACGCGAUUAUUACCAGAAUCCUUUAAUGAUUAAGAAUUCAAAACUCUUUAUCAUAAAAUGGGUAUAAGCAAAUUUGCAUUAUUUGAUGAAACCAUUCUGUAGAAAAUAAUGAAGGUCUCCUAUCCCUUAAGCAUCGUUUUCUUCCCGAUGGUUCGAACACAAGUUUUCAUAAAAUGCAAUUAAUUGCCUACGAACCCUUUGUAGUGAAAGGAAGUACAGAUACGAUAAUAAUAUUUAAAAAUCCCAACAGUAUUUUACAUUUGUCAUUUCGAUGAUCAGAUGAUGAUAUUAUUGUAAUACUCUACUCAUCUACACACGAUACAAACAGUGGCCAUGAUAGGCGUCCUAAAAUGGAAAUCAAUGUUGAUGUUUUUGUAACCAUGGUAACUGUAACUAUACAAAUUUUAUG